AUGGCAAAUCUUUCUAUACGUGAAUUUGUUGCCUUAGAUAUAUCUGGCAAAAGCUACCUAUCUUGGGUACUUGAUGCCGAAAUUCAUCUUGAUGCGAUGGGUCUGGCAGACACCAUCAAAGAUAAAAAUCAGGCAUCGAAUCAAGACCGUGCCAAGACAAUGAUAUUCCUUCUCCAUCACCUUGAUGAGAGCUUGAAAAUGGAAUAUCUCACUGUUAAACAUCCUCUUAUGCUGUGGAAUAAUUUAAAAGAUAGAUAUGAGCACCUGAAGAUGGUUGUGCUUCUACAAGCACGUUUUGAUUGGAUCCAUCUGAGGCUACAAGAUUUUAAAUCUAUUUGCGCGUAUAAUUCUGCCAUGUUUAAAAUUAUUUCUCAGUUGAAUUUAUGUGGUGAAAAUAUCACUGAUCAUGAUAUUCUGGAGAGAACAUUCUCCACUUUUCCUGCCUCGAAUAUGCUCCUGCAGCAGCAAUACCGAGAGAUGUAG